AUGAGCCCUGCCAUGCGUGCCGGAAUGGACACCGAGGUCUCGACAAGAACGGCUCCCAAGGGCUCCUUUUCGUCAAAAGGUGUGGACGAGAGUGAGAGCGAGCCCUUCAGUGAUGACGGCAUACUAGGAAACCGCCUUCUGAGGGAUGGCACUCGACAGAAGACCCUGCAAUGUCCGUUGGAGGGUCCUUUCUGCCAUUUUAACGCUAUCCUCCAGAACCCGGUCGUAACAAUGCCGCCUCUCAUCACCCCGAACCUGGGCGAGGAGGGGGCUCCUCGUGCCGCUGUGGAUGGGAUUGACUUGGUGUGCCCACAGGUCCACACCAAGGUGCAUAUGCGCGAUCUUCCGCCGCCACGUGAGACUCGUUCGGCCGCCGCUCUCAUUGGCGUGAGGGAUAUCGGCCAUAGAAAGUCGGAACCGGUGAUAGUGAGCGUUCGGGGGGGUGGAUUUGCUGACCAACAAGCCACGCAAGAUGGGGAACGUUUGGUGGUUCAUCGAAACCAGCCUGAGCCCCAGCAGAGCAUCGUCCAAAAUCACUUCUACGAGUACGAGUACUUGUACAACUCUACAAGGCAAAAGUCGCUUCAUGCUGACAAUUAG